ACCGUGGUGGCAGCUCUGACUGUCUGCCUUCCUGUUGCUGCAGGCCCCGCGCCGGGAGCCGGCUGUGUCUGCUUUCAAGAGGCAUUGUUUACACCCUCCUCCCACCCCUAGAGCCUUCAGCCUUUCAGGGCCCCCCAAAUGCUGCAGGGUGGUCGGUCCCCAUCCAUUCAAGCCAGAGGCCAACGCCAGCGGGGGCCGGCCUGCGACCUGCGCAGGCGCACAAGCGCGCUCCCCUCUCCGGUUCCAUGGAUUCCCGGUCCAGCUGCGUGGUGGUGACCGGUUUCGGGCCCUUCCGGCAGCACUUGGUGAAUUCCAGCUGGGAAGCGGUGAAGGAACUCUCCAAACUGGGCCUGGGGAGUGACAUGGACGUAGAGCUGCAGACCCUUCAGCUGCCGGUGGAUUACAGGGAAGUGAAGCAGAGGGUUGCCAGAAUCUGGAAAGAUCUUCAACCGCAAUUUGUUGUGCAUGUGGGCGUGGACCCCACCGCCAAGGCCAUCUUUCUGGAGCAGUGCAGCAAGAACCGAGGCUACCGGGACGCCGACAUCCGGGGCUUCCGGCCUGAGUGUGGUAUGUGCCUUCCAGAUGGCCCAGAAGUGAUCGCGUCAGAGGUCAGCAUGAAGGCAGUCAGCAGGCGGGCAGCAGUGCAGGGCGUGGAGGUGGCCUUUUCCCGAGAUGCGGGUAGGUAUGUCUGCGAUUACGCCUACUACCUGUCUUUGCAUCAUGGAAAUGGGUGUGCGGCCCUCAUCCAUGUCCCUCCGUUAUCUCCUCGGCUGCCCGCCAGCCUGCUGGGAAAAGCCCUGCAAGUCCUCAUCCAGGAAAUGCUGGAGGAGAUUGAGAAACGCCGGGCUCAAAACCAGAAGCUCAGCCUUUGCAGUUCCAGCCGGGGAGAACCAACUGGGGGACUGCUCCAUUAGAGAAAAUGAAAUGUUUCACUCCUGUGUGUAGAGUUAAACUGUGCUUUGAGGGGCUUUAAAAAAAAUUGCUUAUAAAACAGUUUACACAAAGGAAAAAUGUUCUGAAUUCGCUCAACAAAAUCACAAAGGGUUAUUUUAUUGUCAAAAGAAAGAAGAACACUCUGAAAGGCAGACAUUUCAUAGGGGAUUAACUAGCUUCAGUUAUGGUUUUCCUGACAAUAAAAUGAAAUGCUGCUGCUGC